AUGAGCCAGAGCGCCUCCAGCAAUUCGAAUGUCAGCAACAAUCAGCGACAGGAAGGGUCGAAAUUGCAAAAUUCUACUGUUAUUGCAGCCAUUUUUUCUUCAGAAAUAACGUUAAGGAACAGCAAAGAAGACCAGGAUGCUUUUAUCACCCUUGUUCGAUCCAUAUCCGACAUCAGGUCCGAGGUCAAGCAAAUUGAAAGCCUGGAAAACGAUAACAAUGUGCUUUACGGUGCACUGCUUGUGCUAUUGCGGUUCGCAAACUCCAAAUAUCGCUUCCCUAUUUCAAAGAUCGAUGGCUGGGAUCUUUUCCGAACGGCGUAUAUGGUUUCCCUGAGGGCCUACUCCGAUGAAACGGGAGUAAAGCAACCGAUGACCAGGAGCUGGAACCUCUAUGUCGAACGCAGAAAUAAAGCAAUAAAUGCAGAAAUAGUAAAGGGGAUAGGCGAAAGGAUGGACUGGGAUAUUAAUCGGAGCUCAGCUACUAUCAGGGGUCUGAUCCCUGAAUUCCGAGGUAUGCUCGAAGAUGAUUUUGCUACAAACAAGAAAAGGACGAGAUUUGGGUAUCCAAGGGAGUUUGAAUCCUCUGAAGAAUUCACGAUCAUAUUUGACGGAAAAUCGUAA